GAGAGACUUCAUAGAACAAGAAAGACAUCAGGCUGUUUUGAGGACAGUGAAAACAGCGCUAUACAGAUAAGUAAACUUAGUGAAAAAUAAUGUAAUGUUUAAUCGUCAAAAACAUGAACACGUUAUAGGCUAUCGCGCACCGUAUACACAAUCAAAGCUUCAAAAACACAGAAAGAACGUGAGCUUUAAUUAGGGCUGGCGCUACCUAUAGGCAGAGUAGGCAAAUGCCUAGGGCCACAAGCUUGGAGAGGGGCCUCCAUAAUCCAUGUGCGCUCCGACAAUCACUACAGAAAGCAAUAGACAAAGUUACAAGGUGAGAUCAAACCGCAGGGAGAUAACAUCAAAGUACCGCAAGAAUGAUUGAUAAGCAGACCAUUAAAAUAUUAAAAUAUUCAAUUUAAAAAUAAAAAUUGUCCGUUUUGAUUUUAUGUGGACUUUAAAUCUAAAAAGCUGCAGUGAAAACAUUGAGGUUUAUGUAUAUUUAUGUCUUAUAACAUGUUCAUAAAGUAAAUCUAAACUAUUUUUUCAAGUCUGUUGAUGCUAGUGUUAACAUUGCCUAGGCCUAACCUUAACCCUAGCCGCCUUAUCGCUAGGUGGCAAUAGUGACGGUAAGAAGUAGACUACAGUCUGUGGUGACGUAUUGUUGUGUCAUAACGUGUAGACAGCAGUUCUGCAGGCUGCAGAUAUAAGGAUUGCCGUAAGAAAUGACAAGCGAUAUACCACAAUAUCGCGAGAGCGAUUCAAAAGGAGACGAUUCAUAUGAUUUCUCAAAUCUCUCGCAGUACUUUGACCUCAUCCACCGUCCACCGUCUGUUUUCGCGGUGCUGAAGGUAAACCAGCCUAUUAAGUUACAACUUUCGUUUUGUUUUUGCAGUACUAAAAAAUAAAAAAGCUCUACGCAUCGCCGCGUUACGUAAAUUUUUUAGGUUAUAAGUAGCAUUGGUGCAUUAUGAUUGUGAGAUGGUUCCUCAUCUAUGUCUUUGUACUGUUAAUAAACAGUAAACAGGUCUGUCUGAAGGUCACAGUUCAAUAUUUUGUUGGAGAUUCAGCGAUUUUAAACUGCUCAUACUCAGAAGAUAAAAAGCAAGUAGACAAAGUGUUUUGGAGACACAAUGACAGUAAGAAGGUGUAUGAGUUUAGUCCAGUCAAUAUUUCACAAGAUGUAAAAAGCAAAAGCAUCAGAGUUGAAUCUUUUCCUGACGAGUAUAAAAGGGGGAACUACUCUAUCAAAAUCAAAGAACUUAAAACAAAUGAUGAAGGCAAGUACACCUGCUUCAUCACACCAGCAGAUCAUUAUGAAAACAUGUAUCUCAUCAUCAAAGCCAAAGGUUUGUAACAAUACAGCAAAGUU